UCCGCCGAGAGUAAGGAAGCCGACAGGGAACGGCCGGAGACCAAUCAGGGACCGCACGCCGGAGUGGGGAAAGGCCCGCCCGCCGAGGCUGUGCGAGUGACGUUGGGCGACGCGGGGCUGGUGGCGUAGCCAGCCGCCCUCCUUCGUCUCGUCCUCUCGCCUGGGGGUGUCCUGCUCCGCGCUGGCCCCGCGGCCAUUUUGGGCUUCGCUUCCACCCGCGUCCUCUUGCCCAGCCCUUCCGGGGUCGCGCUGCGGAGGGGCUUUUUAACGGUCCGUCUCUUCUGGACAGUCGCUGCCGUCGCCGCAGGAGGGCUCUAUCUAUGGUGGAGAGGCCUCGGGCGGACUAGGACACCUUCUUCCCGCCAGGAUGAAUGUCGUCUCGGCCGCUACGUCCUGCGCCUGCCGUUCCGGACUGUGGUCUGCCGCCCGCGGCGGAAGCCGCUUCCCGCUGUGGUUCUUCUGCUGGCCCGGGGAUCGGCCUGGGGCCCCGACUCCGGCCAAGACUGUUUAGGCCGCUCCGAAUCCCGUCCGACCUUCAGCCCUGAGAAGACUGCCAAGAACAAGGAGAUGGAGCCGGCAGCAGACGGGUCUCGGCCACGGCCAGCCUCUCGGCCGGGCUCCCGGAUCCGGCUGCCCUUCUUCUUCCCUCGGCGCCCGCAGCCCGGCACCUCCAAGUUGCCCUCGCCUCCUGCCCCGGAACACUCCGGGGACCCCAGACUUGCUGCUUCCCCCCAGCCUCGGACCAGCUCCUGGGUGAAGCUGCUUUCCCAGCUCUUCGCGCCACUCCCCAGCCUGCUUCAGAAGCUGCUGGUUUGGAGCCAGCUUUUCGGAGAGAUGGUUCCGACCAGAUGGCUAGAUUUUGCUGGAGGGUCCAGCGCCCUGAGGGCCCUGAAGGCUCGGGAGGACCCAGCCGCGCCCCCCGCGCAGAAAUCUUUGAGUUCGCUGCGGCUCGACCCCUCGGACGACUCUGGUGCCAGCCCCCUCAAUUGGCUGGAGGAGGGGAUCCACUGGCAGUGCUCGUCUUUGGAUCUAACAUCGGAACUCAAGGCCAAGGCCGGAGCCCUGGACCCCGCGGCACACGCUUUUCUGUUAGAGCACCAGCUGUGGGGAGUGGAGCUGUUGCCGAGUGGCCUUCAAGGCCAUCUUUGCUCGGACCGGGAACUUGGCUCUUUGCCCUCCGGGCCUCCAAACGUUAAGCGUUUAAGCAGUUUCAGCGUGGUCUCCUAUUUGUUGAACCCCUCCUAUCUGGACUCCCUGCCCCGGGUGGGGCUCGGCUAUCAGAGCGGCGUGGGAAGUGGCGAGCUAGUUGAUUUCCAGACCCUCAGCCCCGAGAGCAGCUGUGUGACCGAGGCCCAUGACCCUCCCCAGCCACUGAAGGCAGAGAUCACUUGCGCUUCAUGGCGGGGAUGUCCGCCCCUUUCUAGAGAGGGCCUGCCCGAAAUCCACCAUCUUCGCAUGAAACGGCUGGAAUUCCUCCAGCAGGCCAGCAAGGGGCAAGCGUUACCCAGCCCAGACCAAGAUCAUGGCUACCACAGUCUGGAGGAGGAGCACAGCUUGCUCCGGAUGGAUCCGCAACCCGGCGGAGACAGUCCGACACAGUGUGUUCCCUCUGCUGGAGCCGUUCCCGGAACCGCCCAGAAACCGGGAACCGAGGAGGAAGUCGCGUUGGUGACCACAGAGGACCCGCUUGCUGUGGAGAAACCGGGGCCUUCAGAAGGCUGUCCGUCUCGUGAGGUACCGGUGGAAAAAGAGCCUGGCGAGGACCAAACAAGUGUAGUUGACUCCUCAGACCUAGAGGAUGACAUUCCCUUAUCCUCGAGACCAGCCUGUAGCAACAGGUUGAUAGAUUACAUUUUGGGAGGCGCAUCCAGUGACCCGGAAACAAGUUCUGAUUCCGAAGGUGAGGGUUGGGAUGAGGAGGCUGAGGAUGAUGGUUUUGACAGUGAUAGCUCAUUCUCAGAAUCAGACCUUGAACAAGACUCUGAAGGGCUUCAGCUUUGGAACUCUUUCUACAGCGUAGAUCCGUAUAAUCCCCAAAACUUUAGGGCAACAAUUCAGACUGCUGCCAGAAUUGUUCCUGGAGCCCCUUCUGACUCCGAGAAGGAUUUGUCUGACAAGUCUGAUCUAGAGAAUUCUCCCCAGACCGGAAGCCUUCCCGAGUCUCCUGACCAGAAUUCUGGGGAGGAAGAGGACUGGGAAUCUAGUGCAGAUGAAGCAGAGAAUCUCAAACUGUGGAAUUCUUUCUGUAAUUCCGAUGACCCCUACAACCUUUUAAAUUUUAAGGCUCCUUUUCAAACAUCAGGGAAAAUUUGGAAAGGCUGUUGCGACCCAGAGAGGCCGUCUGAGCCCGCUGCGGCCAUUUCGGAGUAUCACACCUUACUUUCUUGUGAGGUGCACCUGUUAGGGAGCCGAGAAACCGAAGGUCCAGACUUGGGACAGGGUGGGGUUCUUUCUGGACAAAGACACACGCGUAUCAAGAGGAAAAAGAUCCUUCCCUAGAAGACAAGGAUGAGGACCUCCGCAGCAAAAGAACAGCACGGUUUGCCAGAGGUGUGUGUUCAUUAAAGACACCGUCUACCCAAGGGGAAGAAAGGAGCUCACAGGGGCCUUAACUCUCUCCAGAGCUUGCUGCAUACUUUCCCACCAAAAUAAUAGGUUACCAUAUAUGUGGUUUAAGACUGGAUUAAUUUUGGGGGUGCCUGGGGAGGGGGGGUUCAGUCAGUGAAUUGUCGGACUCUCAGAUUUUGGCUCAGGUCAUGAUCUGGUUCGUGGGUUCGAGCCUCCCACUGGGCUCUGCACUGACAGUGUGGAACCUGCUUGGGAUUCUCUCUCCCUCUCUCUCUGCCCCUUCCCUGCUUACUCUCUCUCUCUCUCUCUAAAUAAAUAAACAUUAAAAACAUAAAUACACUGAGAUGGGGCACCUGGGUGGCUCAGUCAGUUAAGUGUCUGACUCCUGAUUUUGGCUCAGGUCAUGAUCUUACAGUUUGUGAGUUAGGGUUAGGGUUAGGGUUAGGGUUAGGGUUAGGGUUAGCGCAGUGUGGAACCUGCUUGGUAUUCUCUCUCUCCCUCUCUCUCUCUGCCCCUUCCCUGCUUGUGCCCCCCCUCUCUCCGUCUUUCUCAAAAAUAAAUAAUUGAAAAAAAAAAGACUGGGUUAAUUUUCAUAAAUAUCCCAAAGAUGUUCAGGGUCGAAAAGAGAGGUGGGAGUAAAUCUGCAUGCAGUAUACCAUUUUGAGUUAAACCUGUUUUUUUUUUCUGUUUCUUUUUUAAAAGAUUUUACUUUUAAAAGUUUAUUAUUAUUUUGAGAGAGCGGGCACGUGAGCAGGGGAGGGGCAGAGAUAGAGGAAGAGAGAGAGAAUUCCAAGCAGGCUCCACGCUAUCAGUUGCAGAGCCCGAUGGGGGGCUCAAACUCACAAACUGUGAGAUCAUGACUGAGCCGAGAUCAAGAGUCAGACGCUCAACUGACUGAGCCCCCCGGGUGCCCCUAGGAUUUUAAGUAAUAUCUACCCCCAACAUGAGGCUUGAACUUACAACCUUGGGAUGAAGAGUCUCGUGCUGUACCGACUGAGAUAGCCAGGUGCCCCCAAGCAUGCUUUUCUUUUCUUUUUUUAAUUUUUAAAAACUUAUUUAUUUUGAGAGAGAGAGAGAGAGAGAGACAGCGCGAGUGGGGGAGGGGUAAAGAGUGAGAGGGAGAGAGAGAAUCCCAAGCACUUUCAGUGCAGAGCCCUCCACAAGGCCUGAACCCACGAUACCGUAAGAUCAUGACCUGAUCCGAAACCAAGAGUCAUAGAUGCUUAACCCAGGUGCCCCCGCAUGCUUUUCUUGGUGGAGUUCAUGCAUUGGCUCAGAAGGCAAAAACCAGAGAGAAGUCAGUCCCAAAACAGUUUUGAAAACGCAUCUGCAUAUAUAUUCUGGGAUGGUUGUCUUUAAAAAUGUUUCCUCAUGAGAAGAUGAGUCCUUCAUCUCAAAAGUACCUCCAAGAGACUCCUCACUGCCUUAUCCACAACCUGCCCUUUCCCUCACUUCAUCUUUUUAUUUAUUUAUUUUUUCAAUGUUUGUUUAUUUUUGAGAGAGAGAGAGAGAGAGAGAGAGAGAGAGAGAGACAGCCUGAGCAGGAGAGGGACAGAGAGAGAGGGAGACACAGAAUCCGAAGCAGGCUCCAGGCUCUGAGCUGUCAGCACAGAGCCGGACGUGGGGCUCGAACUCACGAACGGUGAGAUCAUGACUUGAGCCGAAGUCGGACGCUUAACUGAUGGAGCCACCCAGGUGCCCCAUUCCUCACUUCACCUUUUUAAAAAAACUAUGUUCAUUCUGACUUCAUCUGGUUAACAUUUUCACUUGUUUCUUGUCUUUUGCCACCCUCGCUAGCCUGGAACUGUGACUAGCAUAUAGAUAUUCAACAAAGAUUUGAAUGAGUAAAUCACUUUUAUUUAUUUAUUUAUUUAUUUACUUACUUAUUUACUUAUUUACUUAUUUAUAAUCUCUUGAAUGAGUUAAUCACUUUUUUCUUUUCUUUCCUUUGUUUGCGUGUGUGUGUGUGUGUGUGUGUGUGUGUGUGUGUGUUUAGUAAUCUCUACACCCAACGUGGGGCUCAAACUCACAACCCCGAGAUCACGAGCCGCGCGCUCUUCCAGCCGAGCCAGCCAGGUGCUCCAGGUUAAUCACUUUGGUAAAGUCACCUCUCAUAGAGCGUUCGCUGAGGUCUCAUCGACGCAGCCGGGUCUGAUUACAAACAAAUGUGCCACGAUCACAGAUGAGGUCGAAUCACGGAACUGAAAGGUCCUCCCAGGGAAGCCGCCGGACGCUCUUAACUUUGUGGAAUGGAAUCGCAAACGCCAACCUGGCUGGGGAUACCACAUCAGUUCAUUUGAGUGUCCUUAAUACGGUGCAUGUCAACUGCUGACUUUCACACGUGAGCAAAUCGGCCGAGUCCUUUUCUUUUCCAGAAUUAACAGCCUGUAUUGCGGCGCCAGGGUAUCUGUUCUCUUCCUUUGCGGCUGGGGGUUUCUAGAGAUGCUCCGUUGAUUCCACUAGAUGGCGCUCCUCACCAUCUCAGAGUGCCUGGUGGAUUCCCUGCUGUUACCAUGUACUACUGCUCCCUUGGAGGCCAUUCCCGCGGUGUAACCGAGCGGGGAGAACUGCCCUGCCCGGUCCAGGCCUGCCCAUUGUGACUCCACCUUUUGGUGGUGAGUGCCCGGAAGUGGAGGCUGUUCCCUGUGGGAGUACCAAGGUUUGUAUUUGAACGCAAACAAGUGAAUCGAUUCUUCCUGAGCUCCACAGAGAGAGGCUAAUUUAGGAGACUGGAGGUGGAAUCUAAGAGGCCGAUGAUGUCGGAUCUUGGCUCGACUUUCCGGGUUAGGGUUUUUCCAGUCCAGGGCUUCAUCUCACUCAACUAUUUGCUUAGCAUUCUGCUUUCUAUUGCGUGCUGGUGAACCAGGGCAGUCAUCCUCAGUGACAGGAGAGAGGGUGGCACGUUGCUCGAGGCUUGGAGAAUCACUGUGUCUGAUCACAGAGCUGUACACGAGACCAGCUCGGAAGGUGGAAAGGAUCCUCAAGAACCGCUGGGCUGGGGUUUCGGGCUGCUGUCGCCCGAUUCCCUCGUACCGCUAGUAGCCAAGGCCAGGUGGACAUCCAGGACCGCUCUUUGGUAAGUUGGUAUUGGCUCCACGGGCUGGCCCCGGUCUACCUCCAGGGGUGCAGCACAGUAACCCGGAUGUCACAGGGGCACAACAUACUUUUCGUCAACUCAAGUGAUAAUUUCCAUGGCCGCCGCCUCCCAGUGGACCGGCUCCCCCACCAACACGCACAGUUCAGGAAUUUAUUGACUCGUGUGUUUCAGAAAAGCAAUUAAAUGUGUGGAAAGUCUGUCUUCCAUGUACACAUUAUGCUUAUUUGUAGUAAUUGCGGUGUUCUUGAGAAGCUAGUAUUACUAGUGGCGAAUUUACACCUACAGUUUUAAAUCAGGUGAUUCUUUCAAGUGAGAGCAUGAGGUUUGGUGUUAUGAAAGGCACUUCCUGGUUAGGUAGAUAAAGAGCAUUUCCACUACCCCAAAAAGUUCCCCCAUGUUCUCUCUCUUUUUUUUUUUUUUUUUUUUAAAGUGAGGUCCACGCACAACGUGGGGCUUGAACUCAAGACUCAGAUCAGGAGUUGCAUGCUGGACUGAUUGGGCCAGCCAGGUGCCCCUCCCACAUACUAUUUCGUAUUCAACCAACCUCCAGCUUUUGGCAGCCAGUGAUCUGCUUUGUUUUCUUUUUUUCUUGCUUUGUUUAUUUAUUUUGAGAGAGAGAGCACAUGGGAAUGGCAGAGAGGGGGGGAAGAGAGAGACUCCCGAGCAGGCUCCACGCUUUCAGUGCAGAGCCGGCGCGGGGCUCGAACCCAUGAACCACGAGGUCACGACCUGAGCUGAAAUCAAGAGUUGGAUGCCCAACCAACUGAGCCACCCCGGCGUCCCCAAUGACCUGCUUUUUAUCACUAUUUUACCUUUUCUAGAGUUUCACAAAAAUUGUAUCUUACAUACAGUAUGUACCCUUUGUGUCUGACUUGUUUAAUCGAGUGUAAUACUUUUGCAAUUCAUUUAUGCUCUUGGGUAUACCAGUUGUCCACCCUUUCAGUUGCUGAGUAGUAUUACUUGUACGAUUACACCACAAUUUAUUUAUUCAAUCACUAGUAGAGGGACAGGUGGUUUGUCUACAAUUUGUGGCUAUUGAAUAAAUAGCUGCAUAAAUGCUGCAUAAAUGAAUAAAGCUGCUAUGAACAUGUGUAUAAAAGUGUUUCUGUGGCCAUACAUUUCCAUUCCUUUUGGAUAAGUUUAGGAGUGAGACUGCCGGAUCACAUGGUAAGUACAUGUUUAAUUUUAUAAGGAAACAACUUCCAGUUUUCCAAAGCGGCUGUACCACUUGGCAGCAAUGUAUGAGAGAUCCAGUGUUUCCAUGUCCUUACCCCUGCUUGAUAUUGUAAGUCUUUUUAAGUUUAGCUCUUCUAGUGGAUUUGCAGUGGUAUCUUAUUCUGGUAUAAAUUUGCAUGUUCUUGAUGUUUAAUGUUAUGGCACAUCUUUUCAUAAGUCGAUUUGAAACAGCAAAUAUCUUCCUUGGUGAAGUAUGUGUUCAGAUCUUUGGUCUGUUUUUAACCAAGAUUGUGUGUGUGUGUGUGUGUGUGUGUGUGUAUUUGGGACUUAGAUAUAAAUCCCUUACCAUGUAUAUGUUUUACCAAUAUUUUCUCCCAGUCUAUGGCUGGCCUUUUCAUUUUUUUUCACGUUUAUUUAUUUUUGAGAGAGAGAGACAGAGACAGAGACAGAGAUAGAGACAGAGCACGAGUGGGGCAGGGGCAGAGAGAGAGGGAGACACAGAAUCUGAAACAGGCUCCAGGCUCUGAGCUGUCAGCACAGAGCCUGACGCGGGGCUCGAACUCACGGACUGCGAGAUGAUGGCCUGAGCUGAAGUCGGAUGCUUAACUGACUGAGCCACCCAGGCACCCCUCAUUUUGUUAAUCAUGUCAUUUAAGAGCAAAUUUUAAAAUUUUGUAGAAGUCCAAUUUAUCCAUUUUUUCUUCCAUGGUCCAUGCUUUUUGUGCCAUUUCUCAAAAAUCUUUCCCUAAUGCAAAGUCACAUAUAUAUAUUUUAAAGACCUAUACUUUCCACUAGUCCUUUAAAACUUUUUUAAAUGUUUAUUUAUUUUUAAGAGAGAGAGAGCACGAGCAGGGGAAGGGCAGAGAGAGAGAGAAAGACAGAGAAUCCAAGCAGGCUCUGUGUUGUCAGCACAAAGCCCGACAUGGGGCUCAAUCCCACGACACUGGGAUCAUGACCUGAGCUGAAAUCAGGAGUCGGUUGCUCAACGGACCGAGCCACCCAGGUGCCCCUCUGGUCCAGUAAUUUCUGAUUUGUAAUCCAUUUCCUUCUUUCUGCUGUAAAUUACGUGAUGUAUUUUAUCUAUCUCCCAAUUUACAGAUGAAGGACCCAAAGCAUCAUGACCUACCCAAGAUGACACAACAAGGAAGAAUGGCAAAAAAUGGGCAGGUAAACCCAGCCUGCUUCCCGAGUUCCUGCCUCAUUUGUCUCAGGCAGUCUUCAUAGAUGAGAUGGAAAUAGAGCUAGACUUGGAAAAAAUAAGUACUCUUAAUUGGGUAAAUGUUGGGGAAAGGGGGCAGUUAAUGGGUAAGGAGGCAAAGGCUAUUUCAAGUAGGAAAAACAGCUUUAGAGAAAAUGUGAAAAUAGAAGAAUAUAGAAACAUGUUGGGGAACGGCUAAUAGGUCAGGCAAGCUGGGUAUGGGUUCUAUGGGAUGGAAAAUGUAGCGGAGAAUAAAGUUGUUACUCUAAAUGAUAGAGUAUUUUGAAGGCCAUGCUAAGAAAUUUGGUCUGUUUCAUGCUACAUAAAGGCAGUGACAUGGCCAAACUGGUUCUUUUGGAUUACUUCAUGGGUCAUUGGUAGAUGGAUUGUGUUCAAGCCCCACGUGGAGCAUAAAGCUUAGUUAAAAAUAAAAGUGGGUGGGGGGGCGCCUGGGUGGCUCAGUCGGUUAAGCGUCUGACUUCGGCUCAAGUCAUGAUCUCACGGUCCAUGAGUUCGAGCCCUGCGUCGGGCUCUGUGCUGAUGGCUCGGAGCCUGGAGCCUGCUUCGGAUUCUGUGUCUCCCUCUCUCUCUGACCCUCCCCCAUUCAUGCUCUGUCUCUCUCUGUCUCAAAAAUAAAUAAACAUUAAAAAAAUAAAUAAAAAUAAAUAAAUAAAAGGGGGGGCGCACCUGGGUGGCUCAGUCGGCUGAGCGUCCGACUCUUGGUUUCGGCUGAGGUCAUGAUCUCACUGGUUCGUGAGUUCAAGCCCCACAUCGGGCUGUGUGCUGACAGUGUGGAGCCUGCUUGGGAUUCUAUCGCUCCCUCUCUCUCUGCCCCUCCCCCAAAAGUAAAUAAAUAAACUUAAAAAAAAAAGGAAAAGGUUAUGACAUUUUUUUUAAAUGUUUAUUUUUGAGAGAAAGAGAGACAGAGUGUGAGCAGGGAAGGGGCAGAGAGAGAAGGGGAGACACAGAAUCGGAAGCAGGUUCCAGGCUCCGAGCUGCCAGCACAGAGCCCGACAUGGGGCUCGAACGCACGAGCUGCAAGAUGGUGACCUGAGCCGAAGUUGGACGCUUAACCAACUGAGGCACCCGGGCACCCAGUUAUGACAUUUCUUACUCCCCAGCAUAUUCAUAAUUGUUAUGACUAUUUAGUUUAAAAUUUGAUUCACAUAUCUUGCUCUUAGUAAGUCAUAAACUCCUAAAGCACCAUAGCUUAGUUAUGAGGGUGGGCCCAGAGCUUAGCCUAGAGCUUGCUUGACUCGCAUUAAUUUGUUCAUUCAGUAUCUUUUAUGACCACAGUGAGAGACCCUGUACUCAGCUGAAUAUUCAUUUAUUUAGCAAAGAUUUACUGAGCACUUGCUGUGUGCUGAGCCAAGUGCUGAGAACAGGGAUGUGAACAACGCGGGCAAGGGCUCUGCUCUCAAGCUUACAUCUUAGAUGGGAGAGUUGAUACACAAGCAAAAAAAUGAACAGGGUAACGUCAGGUGGUGAGCUAUGCCUUGAAGAUAAUGGAAGAGAGAGAGAUCUGAUAGGGAGAAACUUGGGGAAUGACUCUGGAUACAGUCAUGAGGGUAACUUUGGCCUCAUACCUGAAUGGUAGGAGGGGGUGAGUCAUAAGGUGAUGGGGGGAAGGGAGGGAUGGGAAGAAGGGAGUGAACUAGGAAAUGCCAGUGGAUGAGAGGCGAGGGCCAGAUCAUGCAGAACCUGCAGGAAGGAAAUUUGGAUUUGUUCGAAGUGUAGUUGGAGUGCUUGAACUAGUAGGUAUUCAAGCCCUAAGUGGUGUGUUUUUCUCUUUGUAAAGAUCCUCUGGCUAUUGUGUGAAAAACGCAGCAGGCCAAGCAAGGGAGGAGGGACACCAGACGGAGAGGCUAUUGGGAUGGUCUGUGUGGGACAUGAUGGAGGCUUGGACGAGGUGGCAGUGGAGGUGGAAAGAGGGUAUAUCUGGAUGGAGAUCCACUUGAUUGGAUGUAGAAUGCAAAGAAAAGAAGGAGAUCUUGGGUGAUUCCCAAGUGAGAUGACCAAACAUCCCGGCUCGCUUGAGACUGAGGAGUUUCCUGGGACAGGGUUUUCAGGGCUAAAACGAGGACCGGCCCCGGGCAAACCAGGACAAGUGGUCACCCUAGUCCUAGGCUUUUGGUCCAAGCAAUGCGGUGAUUACUGAGUGUGCCACAUACUGAGAU